UAUGCUAAGUCUCUGGUAGGUGGCAGCACAUGUGUUGCCGGUGGAUUUCUAGAUAUGUUUGUUCUCAAGUGGAAGACGAAUAACACGCUAGUAAUUUUUACGUGCACUAAACUUAAGUGAUAUUAUAAUUGAUGUUAAAGGCGUCACAUAGUACUUCCUGUUGCUCCUAUGAUGUUUCAUGGACCUGUUUCGCUACAGUGCCAAAUUAGUUUUACGUUUAGUGCACGGACCAUACGAUAUAGUUCAGUUCAGAAUGUUUGUACAUAAACAAUUAAUCACUUUCGUAAGCAAAACGAGUGAAACCUGAUUUUACAGUUUCCCGACAAUAUUAUGAAUGCUGAAGAAAAUUCCAACACUAAAUCUGAAGCACAGGCGCCAAAUGAAGUUACUGAAUUAUUUCAGAAAAAGAAAAGGUCGUCUAGCUCAGAGAAUGGCUCACCGAAACGAAAGAAACAUAAGACCGAAAAGCAUAAAAAGAAGAAACGUGAAUCAUCAUCGGAAUCUGUAUCGCCAGAUAGUGAUUCAUCACUAAGCACAAGUUCAUCUUCUACGAAGGAGAAGAGAAAAAAACGGAAAAAGAAGAAACACACAAGAGAAAAGAAGAAGAAAGUGAAGAGAGAGAAGGAGAAGAGGAAAAGAAAGAAGGAAAAGAAAAGGAAGAAGAGGCAAAGCAAGGACGAAGAAAUCAUUGGACCAGUUCUACCAGAGGAUGCAGUCAAAACCUCGCCGUCUGUUGACACGAUUUCACAGACCACUUGCAGAUCUAUGGCACCAAUGACGAAAGAAGAGUGGGAAAAGAAGCAGAGUAUUGUGCGACGAGUAUUUGAUGAAGAAACUGGAAGAUACAGGCUGAUAAAAGGAGAUGGUGAAGUCUUGGAGGAGAUUGUGAGCAAGGAACGCCAUCGUGAAAUUAAUCGACAGGCAACAGUGGGUGAUGGAGCUUUCUUCCAAGCUAAACUUGCUACACUGCAGCCUAAAUAGUAAUAUAUUGUACUGUUGGAUAGCUAUUUCAUUGUAUAUAUCACAUGUUAUAAUCAUUAAGAAGUAACUUGUGAAGUACUUCUUUUCAUUCACACAUAUUGUAAUUUCAUCUCCAUUUUGAAGAUCAAUAGCAUUUACACACAUAUUACAUUUGAGAAUAAUUUGGUUACAGAUUAUUCAUUUCUUUUUUUUUUUUUUUUUAAAAAAAAAAAAAAAAGCUCAUACCUACUAUUCCAUAAAGUAACUUUGUGGGAUUCUGUUCAAGUACAAAAAUAUGAUAAUGUGUAAAGACUGAGUUUUAUUCGCAAUACUUAACAAGUAAAUGAGUGUGAGAAUGUAUGUAUAUGUUUUAGAGUUGAAUAAAUUAGUCUUCAUUGUUUUGGGAA